CGCAUUCAAAAUCAGCGUCCGCCCGUGUUUGUUGUUGUCUUGGCGGCUGUGUGUGUUGUGACGGACGACGAUGAGCCACUCGCUGUCGCAGCACAAUCGCAAGGCGGCGAAACCGUCGCCGCUCGCGCACAGCUCGGCGGACGUACCGCCUUCACACCGCCACAGCAUCAAUGCGCCCCAACAGGCCAGGUCGCAGCAGCCACAGCACAACAGCAAAGGAAGGAAUCGCGCACACGCCAGCGAUGACACCAGCAGCCAUGCUUCCUCCAGCCACACCACAACACAAUCACAACACCAAUCACAGCAAUCACAGCAAGCACAACAGCCCCAACAACCCAUGCACAGCCAGCACAGCCAGCAGCUACAACAAGAAGAGCAACAAGAACCUUUGGUGGACAUAAACAGCGAUCCCACCACUCCCCUAUUGUCGCACACCGAUAACCACCAGCACCAGCAGCACCAGUCCCAUCGGCGCUCCAAGAGCCUGCGGCAGGGCACGUUCACGACCGAAAGCAAUGAUGUCGUUGAGUGGGUUGACACCACCCAGCAUGGUUCUGGGGAGGAGGGCCCAGUCAGCUCUGUGCGGUUUGCCCUGCGCAUCACCGCGCUCUCCAUCCUCUGCGUUCUCUUUGGCAUCUCAAACAACGUGACCUUCUUUGAGAUGGGUCAGCGUAUGAAGGACUACCCGGUCUUCCUGCUCUACUUCACCACCAUGGCCUAUACCUUCCUGUACUUUGUCUGGGCGGUGUUCAACGCGAUUUUCCUGGCCGAUCGCACAGAGUCCCUACCCAAGUAUCUCCUUGGCGCUUCAUACCAGCGCUUGUUUGCAUGGCUUGGCUUCUGGCUGACUGUGAACGGUCUCCUCAGCCAGUUUUCAGACCCUCACGUUGACGGAAACCUCCAGUCCGUGUUGUAUCAGUUGACGCUGCCUGCGACGGGCACCCUGGCGUACUUCAUGCUGCGCGAGCGAUUCAGCCUGCUGAACCUGGUUGGCUCUGCGCUUGUGCUCGGCGGAUGCCUCAUGGUGGCCCUGCCACCCCUCCUCAAAGAAGAAGACUCACACAGCAGCAACAGGACGACGACAGUAGCACCAAGUAUACCGCCAGCAGUUGGCGUGGGUGGCGAUGAUACGGCAUCAGCGGACGGUGGCGCUGAAUGGAUCUGGAUCAUUGUGUUUGCGCUGUCGGUCAUCCCCAACGGCGUGUGUGCGGUCAUCCAGGAAUCGCUGUUUCGCGACCAUUCGCACGUGGACACUGUUCUCCUCCUCUUUUGGUCCAACUUCUACACCCUCUUUGGCUACGCCCUCGCCCUUCCCCUCACCAUGCUGCCCUACCUCGGCCACCAGACGGCCAAAGGUAUUGCUCGCCACGAGCGCGACGCCUUCCGCUGUCUCACUGGCUCAUCCCCACUCCCGCCAGGCUGCGAACAGGAUGCAUUUGUUCCCGUCCUUGCCUUUGUCGUCUCCUACAUGGGCUUCUUCUACUUCCUCGCACAGCUUGUUAAAGAGGUUGGGGCGGUGUUUGAGUCGCUGGUGAACGGCGUGGUGACGCCUGCGAGUGCGAUUGCAUUUGGGAUGCGGUGGCUUGUCAAAUCCGACACAGAGCCGCUGACGGGGUGGGUCAUAUCUGCCAGCGUCAUCGUGCCCCUCGGCGUGCUGCUGUACAAGGCCGACGAGCUCAAGACGUAUUUGGGGUUUGGAAGCGAAGGUCAAGAGCUGCAGACCGUGCACACGCACAAAGGAGGGCGUGGCAGCACCAGCAGCAGCAGCAGCAGCAGCGGCGGCGGCGCAGCAGAUGCCGGCUUUGACGUUGGCAUUGUGCCCGUUACAGACUACCUCGAAAGCGGCACGCAUGGCCAUCACGAUGGCGACGACAACACGCCGCUGCUCUCUGGCCAGCGGACGGGGACCGGGUCUGUAUCUGCGCCGCGGUCGCGUCGACUGUCACCGGCGUCAUCCCCGCUUCUGCCACUGCGGUUUGGCCACAGCACGGUGGCGACGCUGCAGGCUGCGCUGAUGGUGGACAGCCAGUCGGAGGCGGCCAGGCGCAGGUCACGCUCCUUCUCCAGGUAGAUGCCACCUCGCCAGGGGACAUGCGAACGCGUGUGAGAGGGCGUGUAAAGGUGUGAAUGACAGGAGAUGUGUACAUGUACGUGUGUGUGUGUGUGUGUGUUGGCCGGACAGAGGACAUGCGAGGAUGUGAUGUGAGAGAAGAUGUGUGCACUUGUGCGUGUAUGUAAAACACGAAACAAAUGGACACGGGUGUUUCGGUUGUUGUCAUUCCAUCUGUCUGUAUUAGUCCUUUCUUAGCUUUCCCUUUCCCUUUUGGUCUGCGUGCGUUGCACCCAUUAAACGACCCCAAAGCAGA